AUGAGAUCAGGUAGAAGGCGUGAAGAACCACGCGGUAAUUUCACUCUGGAGGAUACUUGGCGUGCCAUGGAGAAGUUAGUUGAAGCCGGACUUGUGCGAAAUCUUGGCUUGUCCAACUUCAACCGAUCACAAAUCGAUCGCAUUUUCGAGGUGGCCAUUAUCAAACCCACUGUCCUACAAAUUGAGGCUUCCAUUGGCUUUCUCAACGAAAAGCUGAUAAAAUAUGCUCACUCGAUUGGACUCCAAGUCACUGGUUAUGCUCCGUUUGGAUCGCCUGGAACUUCAUCAGAAUUUUCGAACCCGCUGCAGAAUCCAUGUAUUGUGGAUAUCGCCAAGCGUCACAACAAGUCAGCCGGCCAAAUUCUAAUUCGACAUGGCAUUCAACGCGGAUUAAUUGUCAUUCCAAAGAGCUCGAACCCAGAACGCAUUCGGGAGAAUAUUGAUGUGUUUGACUUCGAACUCUCCGAGGAGGAGAUGUCAAUGCUGAAUAGAGCUGACCCUAACCAACGCCGACGAUUUGAAUUGAAAGCGUGGUGCAAACUGCCGGAGUAUCCCUUCCACGCGGAAUAUUAA